AUCCAAACAGUGUGUGUACACGGCCGGCUUUUACACAACACAUUAAUGUCGGGGUCAAUGUCCUCAAUGUUUACCUCCUCCAUAAAAAAACCAACAACUAAAUGAUGCCGAGAGUUCUUAUAGCUGGUGCAGGGGCAACGGGGGCCCUUUGCGCCAAUAUUUUGAGGCAGAAUUUGAAAAAUAAAGUUGAGCUGGUGGUGUGGGACAAGGCGAGAGGAACAGGUGGUCGUAUGAGUACAAGUCGAAGUCCUGAUAACCCACAGUGCACCGCUGAUCUUGGAGCCCAGUACAUCACUGUAACACCGGACUAUGCAAAGAAACAUGAGAGCUACCACCAGGAACUUUUGACCAAUGGUUUAUUGCAACCAUUGACAGCGACCAUUGAUGGUGCAAGAGAUAGUCAUUAUGAGCAAGGUACUGUGCACUACGUCACACCUCAAGGAGUAAGCUCAAUCGUCAAACACUUCUUAAAGAAUUCAGAAUCCGCAGUGCAAUAUGAACGCCCUCUUGUCAAACUAGAAGCAGUGAACAUGAAUGAUUCCACCCAACCACCGAUUCCAUCCGUCAAACUCUACAUGGACUCUCAGCCCAAUGUCAUGGAGGGUGAUUCAGUGACAGGAGAAACGCAGACGACCAUCAAGAUCAUUGCUAACCCACAGGAAGAUCAGUUGGAGGUAUUCGAUGCUGUCAUCUUGACGAUGCCAGCACCUCAAAUUCUUCAACUGAAGGGUUUGGUUCAAGAAGCACUUGCUAAAAACAGUGGAGUGAAAUCAAAACUACAGUCUGUGUCAUAUUCAUCCCGCUACGCCUUGGGGCUGUUCUUUGAUCAGGGAACAUCUCUGGAUACUUCACCGUGUGCUCGCUAUGUUCAGAAAGAUCCUUGCAUCCGAUGGAUCUCGGUAGACACAGAGAAAAGAGGAGUCGAUUCCAGCAAACAAGGACCAUCUCUUGUUGUUCACACAAGUGUCCCAUUUGGUAUAAAAUACCUUGAGACGGACAAGGAUGAGGUACAAUCAAUCAUCAUGCAACAUUUACGUCAGCUGAUGCCUGACCUCCCAGAACCAGCAAAGGUCAAAUGUCAACGUUGGCGAUAUUCACAGGUGUCUACUCCAUAUGAAGGCACCCCUGGAAGUGUGUUCCUGGCCCAGCAACCUACCUAUGCAAUAGUCGCAGCUGGUGAUGCUUUUACGCAUUCUAACUUUGAUGGAUGUAUCUCGUCUGCAGAGACGGCGUGUGAAGCCUUGAUCAAGUAUUUCGAAGAAACAAAUCAAGUAUAGACGUUAUACACUAUUGAUUUUGAUGUGUCAUUUGGAUGGCAUGGCGUUAAAGGCAGUGGAUACAAUUGGUAAUUGUGAAAGACUAGCCUUCACAGUGGGUGGAUCUCAACA